UAGUAAUACUGGCGUUAGCAUUGGCAUUGUCGCUCGCGCAUUUACUGUAACUACUUGUACCGGCGGCCUUCGAUCAUGAGUUUAAUAUGUCUGCAUCGGUAACGGUUUGUCAACGCUGCGUAGCAUCUACUAGAUUUAGGCAGAAGGCAUAUUAUAAUACGUAUAUAUAUAUUUGUGUGGAAAACGUGGAAUAUGUGCGAUUAUUUUGUGUGCGGUAUCGCAUUAAAUAGUGAAAACGCGACAAUCUGAUGUGCCGGUUAAUUUGAAAACAAAGUAGAGUGCACAAAAAUGAACAAGUGAACUAAAAUAAUGACGAAUACUCCAUUACAAAAAAAAAAAAAAAAUAAAUAAAGAAAUAAAAUAAAAUAAAAAAAAAAAACAAACAAAGGAUUUGCAAAAAGUAAUGCUGUCUUAGCGCAUUAUAAUUAAUACAUACAUGCAUAUAUGUAUACAUGUGCAUCUAACAAAUACAGAGCGCUUUAAUCAAAGAAAAUAAAAAUCAUUACCAUCUGCAUGCAUUCUUUUGAGACAAACAGAAUCCUGUGGUGGUAGCGCUGUGUGAAAUAUUGACGCCUGCAGUGAGCCCUGGCACUUAUAUUAAAUGUUCAUUGUUGAUACUCAAAUGACGAGUAGCCCGUCUAAGUUUCAGCACUCUGAUUGCCUAAAUAAAUGCGACAAAUUUCGAAUUUAAAGUCCAACAGUGGAAAUCAACGCUAGCACCACCACUAGCACUUGCUACCAGCAAGAGAGUGAAUCUAACUGCUGGAAUAACUACAAAAAUAAUAACUAUGGGAACAGUGCCUUGGUCAACAGGAACACUAAUUGAACGACUGCCCGCUCUGGAUGAUAUGAACCAUAAGGACAAUGCUCUUGCUAUGAGAAAUCUGCCCUGUUUGGGCGUGGCUAGUGGCAACGGACUGGCCGGUAUUGGUGGAAAGGCUGCUGCAACAGCUACGAUGGAAGUUGCGGAUGCAACUGCAGCUCCACAGCCACCUCACUCAACAUCUUCGUACUUUACCACAACCUACUAUCACUUAACAGAUGAUGAAUGUCACAGUGGAGUAAAUCAAUUGGGUGGAGUCUUUGUUGGAGGAAGGCCAUUACCAGACUCGACACGCCAGAAAAUAGUUGAGCUCGCCCACUCCGGAGCUCGACCAUGUGAUAUUUCGCGAAUCCUGCAAGUUUCCAAUGGGUGUGUUAGCAAAAUUUUAGGCAGAUAUUACGAAACAGGAAGUAUUCGACCUCGUGCGAUCGGAGGUUCCAAGCCACGUGUUGCCACCGCAGAAGUUGUUAGCAAAAUCUCACAAUACAAACGGGAAUGUCCUAGCAUAUUUGCAUGGGAGAUCCGUGAUAGAUUAUUACAGGAGAAUGUGUGUACAAAUGAUAACAUUCCAAGUGUAUCUUCGAUCAACAGAGUUUUGAGGAACUUAGCAGCACAAAAGGAGCAGCAAAGUUCGGGAACAAGUAGCUCCAACACAAACAUAAAUCCUAACCCUAGCACGAGCCAAGGCAAUGCUAACAGCAACGUUAAUAGCAACAAUAAUGGUAAUAGUAUGAGUGGCAAAAGUGGUGUAAGUGUUGGCGUUGGCGCUAGCACCACAAGCAGCACACAUGAUCUAAUACAAACAGCAACACCGUUGAAUUCUUCGGAAAGUGGAAGAGCUAGCAAUUCGGGUGAGGGCAGUGAACAGGAGUCCAUUUAUGAGAAGAUACGCUUGUUGAACACCCAACAUGUGCCGACGCUCGAUCCGCCCUUGUCGACACCAGCUGCGCCUCCAGUUAUUCACGAACAACUGAUGACAAGUGUGCCCAGUCAUUUUAGUCCGCAUCCGAUCCACACACAUAGCCAGCACGAGCAGCAACAUAACCAGCACCAACAGCAGAGUUGGCAGUCGCGACAUUAUCCAACUGGGUCCUGGUAUGCGGCUCCUUUGAAUGGUAGUGAAAUGGCUUCAUCAACAGGAGUGAUAUCGGUAACGGGGUAUUGCAAUGGAGGCACGUCAACUGCUCCAACUCUGCUUCCUGGACAUCCCUUGACUCCGCCAAAUGAUCUCAUCAACAUUGGUGGCCCAAUCGUUCGCUUGGAUAAUUGUUCUAUUACAGGAGUCGAUGAAGUUAUGCUCAAAAAGGAGCUCGAUGGGCAUCAAUCAGACGAAACUGGUUCUGGCGAGGGAGAGAACUCAAACGGCUGCGCGUCUAAUUUAGGUGCGACCGAGGAUGACCAGGCCAGAUUAAUUUUGAAGAGAAAACUGCAAAGAAACCGAACAUCGUUUACAAAUGAGCAGAUUGAUAGUCUAGAAAAAGAGUUUGAAAGAACGCAUUACCCGGACGUAUUUGCACGUGAACGAUUGGCUGGUAAAAUAGGAUUGCCUGAAGCAAGGAUACAGGUGUGGUUUUCGAAUCGACGUGCCAAGUGGCGUCGUGAAGAAAAAUUGCGAAGUCAGAGGCGUACGCCAAAUUCCACCAGUACGAAUGGAACUUCAACCUCGACUUCGGCUACGACUUCAUUAACUGACAGUCCCAAUAGUUUGGGUGGCUGUUCAUCUUUAUUGGUAGGAUCAGCAGGAAGUGGGUUGAACAGCUUGUCAUCGCCCCACCCUAUAUCUACACCCACUGGUGGCCUUGAGACAACUGAGGCCCACCACUCCGCUGGUGGGGGAGGAGGAAGCGCACAGAUUCGAAGUGGAACGCAUGACGUUGGUAGUGAAUGUACUUCGGGUCUGGAGAUUACGGAUCAUCGACAUCAGCAUCAUCAGCAUCAUCAUCACGUUCCUCACACGCUCGUUCCGUCCAUUUCUCCGCGGCUCAACUUCAACAGUGGCUUUAGCAGCUCAAUGAGCGCUAUGUACUCGAAUAUACAUCAUAAUGCGUUAUCGAUGAGUGAGGGUUAUAGCUUCAGUCACGCAACAGUUGGCUCGGGCAUCGCCCAACAAAGAGAUCUGACCCCGCCCUCAAUGUAUCCGUGCCAUAUGCCAUUAAGGCCGCCCCCCUUAGGGCCGCAUCAGUUGGUCUGCGUUGGAGGCGCUACAAAUGAGAACACUAGUGUCAGCAGUAGUCCCACAGUGAACAUUAGCAAUCCAGCUAGUAACAAUUCAACUGGAUACGAGUCCUUAUCCGCUUAUGGCUUGCCGCCCCCGCCACCAGCUCCAGCUUCGGCAUUGGGAACGUCUACCACAAAUACUGCUAUUAGUGCUGCCCAUCAACCGAGCAUGGAGGCUCGUCCAUCCACGUGCAGUCCAAGUCAAAUGGGCCAUGGGUCGGCAUUUGUGAGCGAAGGUAUUUCACCGGCUAUGCCUUCUUACGCACACAUGGGCUACAACUACGCCAACAGCCUGGCGUCCUCUGGUGGAGCAAAUCCAACUGGCCCUCAUAAUUCGCAUGGGUCGGGAAAGCAACAGUUUUUUGCGUCUUGCUUCUACUCACCUUGGGCCUAAGUGCAGGCUUAGUACAUAAUUGAUAUAAUUAAUAAAUCGCUAUAUAAAGCAGCUUUCAUGCCAUCAAACAAACUAUUAAAGUAUUGUUUAUGCCAUAUCUUUCAUAUCAAAGUUACACUUCGGAAACCCACAAAAUUGAAUUAACAUAUCUUUCAAUGGAUACAUUAAAUAUGAUUUAAGCAUGAUGGUUGUAAAAAAAGGCAUAUAUGUAUUUCCGCCCAAAAAUGCCACCAAUCAUUACAAUAAUUGGUGUGAUUUGAAAAUAUAAUUUUGAGAAAAGAA